AUGGAGGAUUUGGGCUCUAUCUGCAACCGCAUAUGGUUUCCCAUGAAGCAACUAAAGUACAUUCUUACGUGGUCCUUGAAAUGCAAGAUCAAAGAAAGUGAUUGCGAAAGUCAGAUGGUAGAGAUCGAGGAGUAUCGUGCGGGAUAUCCCCGUUUUUCUGCUCUUGUCGCCGCACAUCCGUCGUUUCAUAUCUGCCGCCGGUUCGGUAAUUUACGAGCUCGCCUCCUCCUCUUCAAGCAAGAUAAGAUAUCGUUGCUCGAGAAGCAGCUCGAGAAAAUUGAUAAAGAGGAGAGCCUCGAAUUAUUUCUUGGGAGCACGCGGCAUGAUGCUAAUAAGGAACGGCGUUUGAUCAUUUCUGAUAUUGAUAUUGCGUUGGCUGACUACGACAUGUUCAUCGAGAGGACUCAACAAAUAUUCCGUUAUGAACCUGCUAAUCCGCGGGAUGUACAGAGCCUUCGGAACUGGCUCCGUGGAAACGCCUGCCUAGCAAGGAACGAGACUGCUUAUUUGGACAAGUAUAAUGAAUUGCUCAGCAUAACUUCUUCUGACGAUAAAUCUAUAUCACGGCUAGAGGCUUGGAUUGAGGAUAUCCUCGUUCGUUACUACAAGGGUUUCCACAAGGUCUGA